CAUGGGACAGCAAAAACAGAAGAAAGAGCAAAAGUAUUGGAAAAAGAAGCAAUGAAAGUGGGACUGAAAACCAAGGAGGAGCUGAAGCCCUGGGAGCAACACUCUGCUGUCAUCACCAUUCCUCGUUUUGACUACAACGCCCCUUCUUCUCUCCUCAGUCUUUCCCACUCCGGAUUCCUCGUCACCUGUCCCAUCACUAAGAAAAGGAGAACAUCUGUAAGUACAGAGGAGGAACUUGGCAACAGUUUGGAGAGGAAAGAUGCAGCCAAUGACUUUGGAGAACCUGUGGCUGUUUGGCUUCUUUACCUUUUGGUUCUGAGCAAAUUUUGCACCAUGGCAUGUCCUGCUUGGCAUGGUUAUAUUUUUCAUGGCAAUAUUGAGUGCUGUGACCGGCUUGAUUGAGAAAUACAUCUUCACGGGCUUAAGAAGAGGGCAAGAAGCAUUGAUAGUUAACUUCAGUGGCCUGCUCAUCCUCCUCUUUGGAGUAGCUAUUGGCUUCACUGUUCUUCUUCCAAGAAGUUAUUAAAGAAGUAGUCAUUGGAAAAUCUUGUAAUGUUUGGUUAUAUUUAUAUAUAGUUUGG